AUGGCUGGUUUAGUAGUUUUUGAGGGUGCCCGACACUUCCGUUUACGCCUUGUGCUUGCUGUUUUGGCAGGCCAGCAUAUCAAGAUUACCAGGAUCCGUUCCGAUGACAUGAACCCUGGUUUGAGAGACUACGAGGUGUCAUUUCUUAGGCUUCUUGAGGCCGUUACCAAUGGAUCUCACAUUGAGAUAUCUUAUACUGGUACAAGUGUCAUUUUCAGACCUGGCAUUAUCAUUGGUGGGCAACUAACGCACAACUGCACGGGGAAGAAACCUAUUGGGUACUUUCUAGAACCGAUGCUAUAUCUUGCGCCCUUCUCGAAGAAGAAGUUUUCAAUCAUCUUCAAGGGAUUAACAAGCUCCGACAGCACAAGAGAUGCUGGAUUGGAGGCUAUAAAGUGGGGUCUUAUACCCGUCAUGAAGAAGUUUGGUGUGAGGGAAGUAGAGCUCCAUAUACUAAAAAGAGGCUCCCCACCUUUGGGCGGUGGUGAAGUCCAUUUGUUGUGCAACUCCCUAAUCCUACAACCACUCACGAUACAUGCAUUGGAAACUCCAAAAAUGUCUACCAUCCGUGGUGUUGCCUACUGCACGAGAGUUUCUCCAUCGGUGGUGAACAGAAUAAUCGAUGCUGCUAGAAAAGUGUUGAAGCCUACCGGGGUCGAGGUAAAUAUCACCGCAGAUGUUUGGAGAGGAGAGAAUUCGGGGAAAUCUCCAGGUUUUGGUGUCACUUUGGUCGCGGAGUCGAAGAGAGGUUGGAGGAUUUUUGCUGAGGGAACGGGCACGGCUGGCUCCUUACCAGAGGACUUGGGACAAAAGGUUGCCUACGAGCUUCUUGACGAGCUUAGUAAAAGUGCUGUUUUGGGACGCAAUCAGCUAAAGUUGGCAUUGGCAUACAUGGUAAUUGGCAAAGAGGAUGUGGGUAGAUUGAAGAUACAUAAGUCACAGGUUGAUGAACAGUUCAUUUGGUUUUUGAGAGACUUAAAGUCCAUUUUCGGACUGGAAGCUUACUUGAAGGACGGCGCAGAAGAAGGCGAAAACGAUUAUAUGACAGUCGCGAUCAAGGGUAAUGGCUUCACCAGCGCAUCAAAGAAGAGAGCUUAA